AUGUUAUUUUUUAAUAGAGGACUAAUUUUUGUGUGCGCUGGACGUACGGUGGCAUUAAAAUUUUUAUUGUCUAAAAGCAGUGUGCAUGUAAAUAAAAUUAGGUUAAUUAGUAGUACUCAAAUUCGGUACAAAAAAAAAACUAAGUCCCAUUUAUUUACUCCCAUAUCUCCUAACUUGGACAAAUAUGAAUUACCUACUGGAGAAGAACUCUCGGGAAAACUUGAUAAAGCAAAAUUGGUGAAAGUUAUAAAUGCAUUUUAUAGAAAUCCUGAAUUAAAAUCACUUGCCGAAGAAAAUAAUUUGGAUAGUUACCUCAUUCAAAAAGGAUUUAUUAGCUUUAGAAAAUUUUGUUUAGACUCUCAGAAUUUACCUCCUGAUCUUCAUGUUUUAUUAUCAGACAUUAUUCAAUCAGGAGGAAACGAAUUGGAUAUUUUUCCUUAUUUUCUCCAACAUGUAAAGUCUAUUUUUCCUCACUUGGAUUGUAUGGAAGAUCUAAAAAAAAUUGGAGAUUUAACAUCUCCUUCUAAUUGGUAUCCUGAAGCAAGAAGUAUGAAUAGAAAAAUCAUAUUUCAUUGUGGACCUACCAAUUCGGGAAAAACUUACAAUGCUAUGGAAAGCUAUUAUCAAGCAAAAUCUGGAGUUUAUUGUGGCCCAUUAAAGUUACUAGCAGUAGAAAUUUUUAAUAAAGCUAAUGACAAAGGAAUUCAGUGUGAUCUUGUUACUGGAGAAGAAGUGAUUUAUUCAAGUGCAGAGGGAGAUCAAGCAGAUCAUAUAAGUUGUACUGUUGAAAUGUGUUCCUUAGAAAAUACUUAUGAUGUUGCAGUCAUAGAUGAAAUUCAAAUGAUCAAAGAUAAUCAAAGAGGUUGGGCUUGGACAAGAGCUUUACUCGGUUUGAAAGCUAAGGAAAUACAUUUAUGCGGCGAGGAAUCUGCUGUCGAUCUUGUAGAUUCAAUUCUAUGUACCACUAAUGAAAACUUGGAGGUUAAAAAGUACAAAAGACUAACAGAGUUAAAAUUGGAUGCUGCUAUUGAAUCAUUGAAAAAUGUUUCACCUGGAGACUGCAUUGUUUGCUUUAGCAAAAGAGAUAUUUUUAAUGUUACAGAGGCUUUAGAAAAACUUGGGAAUAAUGUUGCAGUUAUUUAUGGAACUUUACCACCUGGAACUAAAUAUGCCGAAUGCAACAAGUUUAAUGAUCCCAAUAAUGUUUUUAAUAUAUUAGUAUCGACUGAUGCCAUCGGAAUGGGCUUAAAUUUAGAAAUCAGGAGAGUUGUAUUUUACUCGUUAGAAAAGCCAGUAAUGAAUGACAAUGGAAUUAUAGAAAUAGUUCCUAUAUCAGUUUCACAAGCUUUACAAAUAGCUGGUCGAGCAGGUCGGUAUGGUUCCAGGUACGAAAAGGGUUACGUAACUACGUUUCAUAAGAAAGAUUUACCAUUACUGGAGAAAAUUUUAUCGGAAACUCCCGAACCUGCAAUGAGUGCUGGACUCUUUCCAACGGUCGAUCAAAUUGAAUUAUAUUCUUUUUACCUUCCACAAUCAACAUUAUCAAAUUUAAUGGAUAUAUUUAUAAAUUUAUCAACCGUAGAUGAUUCCAUGUAUUUUAUAUGUAACACGAACGAUUUUAAAAUAUUUGCCGACAUGAUAGAACAUAUUCCUCUUUCUCUACGUGUCAAAUACAUUUUUUGCUCUGCUCCCGUUAAUAAGAAAAAUCAAUUUUCAUGUUCGAUAUUUUUAAAGUUUGCUAAAAUGUACAGCGAAAACAGCAUUAUUUCUUUUCAAUGGUUGUGUAAAACAAUAAAUUGGCCUGUCAGCUCACCUAAAAAUAUAAAAGAAUUAAUCGAAUUGGAAGGAGUCCAUGAUAGUUUAGAUUUGUAUUUAUGGCUGAGUUAUCGUUUUCCUGAUUAUUUUCCCGAUGGGGAUUCUGUUAAAAAAAUUCAAAAAGAAUUAGAUCUCAUUAUACAAAAAAGUAUAAUUGAAAAAGCAAAAUUAUUUGUCAAUUGGCAUCAGAGUUUACCAGAAGAAAAUCAUGAUGUAAAACAAUGUAAGUAA